UCAGCUGACGUUGUCCCAUUCAUUCGUUCUGUCGGAGCUUUGGAUUUGUACACUACCUACGAAACAUUAUUUUAUCGCAAAUAUAUUUACAACUUUGAUCAACCGAUCAAUAUUGGAUACAGAAGAUCACGCAUAUCUCAGUGCUCUCCUCGUUCCUAAUUCGACGCAGCGAUAACAAAGUAGAAUGGUCUGUUAGUAUAAAGUGAAGGUUCUCGGAAUAGUGAGGUUAUGUGAGAUAAACAUCGCAAGUGUCUUUACAUUUUCGUCUGAAAAAUUGGUGAUAAUUAUUGGAGCACUAAACUGAUCCGUCCAUUGUCAACGGGACAUCAACAAAACAUCGUCAAGAAAUAAGCAGCAAAUGGCGGAUUAUUGGAAAUCUCAGAACCGCAAGUUCUGCGACUUCUGCAAGUGCUGGAUUGCCGAUAAUAAACCGAGUAUCGACUUCCACGAGGGCGGCAGGAAACAUAAGGAAAAUGUCAGCAAGCGUCUCAAAGAGAUACACAAGAAUAGCGCGAAGCAAGCGAAACAAAACAAGAAGUUCCAGGAUGACAUCAAGAAGAUGGAGAAUGCGGCUAUGGCUGCGUACCUGAAGGAUGUCGAGAAUAACACGCGAGAUAUGACUGCUGAAAGGAUCAUUAAAGAGAAAUUAAACAGAGUGGAGACGAAAGAGACACCUCAAAAUUAUAUGCCAUCUGCCGCUCCAGAAACAAUUCCGAGAUUCAAAAAUAAAACUGAACAGUUCGCCCCGAUAGUCACGGAUCCUUGCGAUCUGGCGACUUUGUCAAAGAGCACGCUGUCGGUUUCUCGGGUUCAGCAGGGCGGCGAGAACAGGACUCCAGGGAAGAGUAAAGCUAGCAAGACGAAGGGGAAAGGGAAGAAAACCCACGAGGACGAUCGUCCGAGCGCUCCUGUCAGGAAACUCUGGUACGAAGCUCUCAGUCCCGAAGGAUACACCUACUACUGGCACAUCGAGACGAAUGAGUCGGUUUGGGAGCCUCCAGAGGAGGGUUACAUGACUUUCGCGGAACAAGAAGUGGAGACAAAGGAAGAGGUACUUCAGAAGGAACUUAUGAAACAAUUGGACAAGGAAGAAGCAAUCAAGAAGGCGGAUAUUAUCGAAGAACAACGGGCCAAUGUCGAAAGGGAGCAGAUGAGAGAACUUAGGAAACGUCGGACGCAAACUACCGAUGAAAAUGACGAUGCCAAAAGUGACGACGAGAGUGCGGGAGUAAAGAGAGAAACUGCCGAGGAGGAACGACCUUACAGGCGAGACUACAGUGUGCCCGAGAGACCACAACCUUAUGGAUCAUGGCAAAUUGUGCAGACGAUCGAAAAGAAGCCAGUAGACUUGCAAUUACCACAGCAAAAACAAAUACAGCUGCCUACCUUUGGGAAGAUGGAACCACCACCUCUACAGAGAGCUUUUAAGGAAAAAAUUGUUACACAGGUCAGUACCGGUGACAGUGAUGACGAGGGAACAUCAGUCACCUUCAAAAAACGGAAAAUUGGGAACAAAAAUGUGCGCAAGAGAGUGACUGACGAUUGACAAUAGUGAAUUCAUUUGUAGAUGGUAAGGACAAUCUUCUUUUCUUAAUUUUUUAUUUACUGUUGAAAUAUUUUUUUAAUGUACAGUCGAAAAGAUAUUAGGAGUAAUAUUCGUAAACCGAAAAUCGACAAAAUAACACUUGUUAUCCUUACAUACUAUCUUGGGUAAGAAAUAUAUAUAAUAU